CGUUUAGACGAGUUCAAAGCACAUGUCUAUGUUGUGAUUAUUCUAGAAUAUUGUUUCUAUUUGAUUUUCAAAAAUGUCUCAGUUUUCUGUAAUCACGCAAAGUUCUGUGACUAUAAAUGUUACAAGCUCAGCAAAUUCUUUUGGAACAGAACGAAGGUUUCAAAAAGAUUUAUCAGUUGCAGAUUUGAAGAACAAAUUAGAGCUUUUAACUGGUUCCCAAGCAGCCAACAUGAAGUUAGAGCUAUACAGUAAAGACAACAAGCUUCUGAGUAAAAUAGACAAUGAUGAAGUUAUGUUUGGUUCGUUUCCUGUAGAUGAUGGUUGUCGUCUUCAUGUGGUAGAUUCAACAAUUAAAUUGGGAGAAUUUGAAGACUUAUCUAAAGUUGAGAAAUUUGAAAUGAAAGAGGAUGAUUAUGCUAAAAGAACAGAUUCUGUAAGAGCAUUUAAAGAGAGAAAUAAAAUGGGUCGCUUUGCUGAAACGGAUCCUGAAGAACAGAAAAAAAAGGAAGAGGAAAAGAAAGAAAAAGAAUUACAACAAAAAACUAAAGCUGAAACCAUGAAAGUUGGUGACAGAUGCGAGGUUAGAACUCUUGGUCAGCCUGCCAAAAGGGGGACAGUAAAAUAUGUAGGUUUAACUGAAUUCCAGUCAGGUUAUUGGAUAGGUGUUCACUAUGAUGAACCAUUAGGCAAAAAUGAUGGAAGUGUUAAAGGUAAAAGAUAUUUUGAAUGUCCAGACAAAUAUGGAGCAUUUGUGAGACCAGAAAAUGUAGAAGUUGGUGACUAUCCUGAAGAAGAUUUAGGUUUCAGUGAUGAAGAUGAAAUAUAAAUGUCUUAUAUAAACAGUUAUCCAAUGAUCUGUAGUUUUUAAUAUUAUUUACAGUAAUAUGCAAUCAUAAGUUGUGCACAUGCAAUGAAAUUAAUUGAUUACUAUUGUCAAACCAUUGACCUGUGCAACAAUUUUUUGUCUUUUUUUGUGAAUUUAAAAUGCAGUUUAAUUCUUUGUAGCAGCAUGUGAAAUCCAUCUACAAUAGGUAUGCAUGUAUAUGUCAUGGCACAUUUAUUGAUAUAAUCAAAUUUAAGCCACAUUCACAGUGAACAGAGUUUAUCUUAACAAUUAGAAUUAUAUUUAGUUUAUUUACAAAACGAUUAUCAAUAAUAAAAGGAAAUAACAUAUAAUAUUUUGUUUAAAUCUUUGCACAUAAUUUCAAGAAAUCACAAUUUAAAAUGCAUUUUUACAUACAUUCUAUACAUUUAUAGAUCUUUUAACUUAUUUAUUGUCAAUUGUAUAUCUGGAAGUAUAAAUGAUAUGUAUAUCUGUUUUUCGAUAUUCAAAUGGAGUUUAGCAAUUUCUAAAUGAAGACAAUUUUCAUAAAAAUCUUACUGUCCAUUAAUAUAAUCAAUUCAUACAUGGAAUUUUAACUUUUAAUUUGAGGAAUUCUUUUUAUAUUCUUUUGUUCCUCACUUGGUUAAAAAUCUUGAUAAAGACAUUUAGAAAUUAAAAUUCUAUCAAUGUUUAGUCGUUCUACAGCUUCCUGAAAUAUUUUAUGGACUUUGUUAUAUUGGAAUUAAAUUAUAGAACUGUAAAUAGAAAUUAGGAUAUAAAAUUUGAUUUAAGUUGAACAUUGAUCAAAUUGAUUGCAUGUGAAUGUGUAAAUUAGAUAAACUUUAAAAGUUAAUGAUUUUUCCAUGUGUUAUAAUUGUUUUACAUAUUUCUGUUAUUCAAUUUGCAGUACAUAUUAUCAUUUGAAUGCAUUGGAAAAUCUCUUGACGAUUUAUAUAACGGUAUAAAUUUCUUACUGACAAAAUAUUUGAUUUGAUUUCAAAUGGAUCGGGAACAUUAAUAUAGAAUUUUGUAGCUUGAUAUUUUUUUUAACAUGUAAGAAACUUAACUUUUACUUGACAUUCUUAGUAAAUUAUACUUAGGUACAGAGACAACUUGGUGUGAAAAUUGGUAAACAUAUUUCCAAAAAUACACAAUAAAUUCCUAUAAGGAGUGGGAAAAUAUUGCUCGGUUUUAUAGUCAUUCCUAAAAUAUUGUAAUUGUUCAUUUUGAGCAUCUUUACUGAAAGAACAUCAUAAUUACAUCAUUGAUUUCUUGUUUCUCAUUUUUAUAACAAAUAUUUUCCAUUAUGCUAGCUUUUGAGUAUAUAGAUGCUUCAUUGUUGUUUAACCUAGGCUAAUGUUUUAUAAAAACGCAAUUCAGCUUAAAUAUGAAUGUUUUGUUGCGAAUAAUAAUAUAAUUUUGUAGGAGAUGCUGCACUUCUUAUAUCCCACUUCUUUUAACCUUUCCUAGACAGGAAGUGGCAGCAUAGCAGAUAUGAACAUUGCUUAUAUGAUACAACUCACAAUUAGCAAGCUCCUGGAUGGUUAUUGUAUUCAUUCCUUUGUAUGUCAGAAAAUAUUUCUCCAGCAUUAAAUGUUGAAAACUACAUAGUAAUUAGGUUUGGUUGUAGAAUCAUGUGUGUUUCUUUGUGUUUUUGUAAUUUAUUUUUUUCCUAAAAUACUGGUGUUCAGUAAAAUUGUCAUUAUGCAAAGCUUACUGCAUGCCAAGAUUUUUGUUUCUAAUAUCAAUAUCUUAUGUAUUUAAUAAAUAAUGUUACACACAA